AACCUGUCUCUACUUUUUGUACUCGCAUAUCUGUUUUCUCUGUUGGUGCUGGACUACCAGAAUGGAUAUACAAGCUGUAAACGGCAUGAGCUACGAGGAGUUUUUGGAUGUAUUUGGGAACAUCAUAGAGAAGUGUCCACUUAUAACUGCAGCUGUGUGGUCUAGUCGUCCAUUUUCCAGCGUUAAUGAGAUGGAAAAGUGUGUUUAUGAGUUUAUUAACUCCCUACCUUCAUCUGGAAAAGAAGGGAUCUUAAGAUGUCAUCCUGAUUUGGCCGGGAGAGAACUAACAAGUGGAUCGUUAACAAUAGAAUCCCAGCAGGAGCAAAGACAAGCUGGUCUCACCACCCUUACAAGUGGAGAACGGGAAACACUUGUCCUCCUAAAUUCUCAAUACAAGACCAAGUUUGGAUUUCCCUUUGUCAUAUGUGCUAAAAUGUCAGAUAAAUAUAAAAUUAUGGAGGGAAUGAACUCUCGCCUUCAAAAUGAUCCAUCGCAAGAACUUCUAAAGGGCAUUGAAGAAGUUAAGAAGAUUUGUCAUUUGAGGGUACAAGAGUUGAUUAAAGGUGUUCUGCUGCCUACAAAGUUGUAAUUUUUUUCUUUAAUUUCCCCUAAAAAAAUGUGUAAUCAAACAGUAUUACCUUUUUGUUCAUAUAUACUUAAAAAAUAUAAUAGUUAGACACAAUACUCAAAAAAUUACACUGAAACAUGUUGUGAAAUCAUUAUGUGUUUAUUAUGUCAGCUUGGUGAGCCCCAUAUCUACUUUGUAUUGCUCUUUUUAUGCAUGCUAGGAAUUGUAGUUUCACAUUGGCUUAUCAUUCUCUUUCUCUAAAGUGUAAUGUGCUGAGCUGGAGGUUUGGAAAAGUAUUAACAUUUUUUAAAUAAUGAGGGCCAUUGAUUUUUUUUUUUUAAUGUAUGUAACAAUACCCUAUUUAACAGACUUUAGGUUAUUAUUUAGCGCCUGCUACACUUAAAUAUAGAAGCUCCAAUAGAUCCUCCCAUAAUGAGAAAAUGAUAUAUUUUUUUAACUCCGAAAUGAGGCACUGGAAUGUUUGCUUCUACUUUUGACCAGGUCGUUAAGGUCUGAUGACCAGGCCUACGUUGCACAUACCUAUACAGUGGAUUACAAGUGGUUAAAGUGGUUCUGUAUUAUGUUUUUCUUUUACAGGUGUUAUAAGUGUUCCUAAAUGUCUUAAGUUGACCUUAUGGGAAAGUGCAGAACAGUGACAUAAGAAACCCUACUCCACCAUAACAUGCUCUUAUGUGUAAAUAAAAGCAUAGGAGUUACUAUGUAUCUACAUUGCUUAUGUCUGCAUCUUUUUCAUCUGCAAGCAAUUUCAAUAAAACAUAUUAAAAAAGAAAA